GCUUGCAGUGGCCAGAGUCUCACACUCAGGCGUGUUUACGUGUGUGUGUGAGUCUGACGGAAGUUUGUGGCUUUUAUUCAGUCUUCUCUGGAACGGCUCGUCAGUCUCGGGUUUGAUUCAGUCGCUCGUUUGUCUCCCGGGUAGAUGAGUCGCCUCUCCGCGGAUCUUCUGAAUCCAAAAACAAAGAGUUUUGCCAUCUUUCCACGUGCCUCUUAGUUCUAAUGUAGCUUUAUUUACAGCAGAGAGAGGGAGAAAGUUUAGUGUUUGGAGUUUUAGUAGAGCAAACAAACAAACAAACAACCGUGCUGCAGUCUCCUGGAUAAAGAGGGGAAAUCGGUUCGCCUUCACUUCCAUGGAGUUCACCAGCAACUGUGCGCCAGAUUUGAAUACAGCCUGAACAGUGAGAUGAUUUGAGUAAAAGGCAUCAAGAAGUUCAUCAAGAAAUAACCUGGCAUUCCAGCUUUUUAAGCAGUGGACCCCCGUGGCUGAUUUGGUGUGAUUUUUUUUGCGUUUGAACACUGAAGGACCUGUAGCUUUCUGUUGAAUCUGAGAGCUGAUGGAUGCAGUGGAGACUUUACAGGGCUCCUCACUGGAGUCUAAAGCAGAACGCAUUGCCCGCUACAAGGCUGAAAGGCGGCGGGAACUAGCCGAACGCUAUGCUAACCUGGAGGACAUCUCCUCCAAAUACACCAGGAGGGACAGACAACACCGGGACACCUCAGAGGCCUCCGACACAUCAGCAUCCAGCUCAGAGCAGAAGCCCAAGGAGGCGUCUUACUCUGUGCGGAGUCAGCUGACUGAAUCUGGCACCAGGGCAGGUGGGAAGGAGGUACGGAGCGAAUCCGACUGGAAGCAGGAGGAAGAACUUUCUGGAUCAGCCUCCAAACCAACCUCUCACACAUGCAGUAGUGAGACCCAGCAGGGAACCAGAUUGGAAGCUCGACACCAUCUGCCGAGCGCGGAGGAAGUCAAGACGCCAAAGGCUGAUGGAAAAACAGAUGCCUGCGUCAAGAUGAGCGUGUCUGCCAGGAUGUCUCACUGUAAAGGGCCGGAGGUGGCUGAAGUCUUGUCCAGCUCAAAGACCCUCUCAGAGGACUGCGCACAAGAGGGCCUCGGUAAACAUACCAACCAAAACAGAGAGCCAAUCAACAGCCUGGACGAGCCGGCCAUGGCCAGCAGAACAUCAUCAUCAUCAGAUGAAGCUGAGGAGGCAGACAAAGAGAAGAAGAGUAAAUUACUAACCCACACAGAAGAGAAGAGGUCCUGGAUGACGAGAAAGGAGGGGGAGGAGGAGGAAUGUGGAGAAAAGGAAACCUCCUCAAAACCAGUAGCCGUAAAGAUGGAGGAAGAGCCAAAGUCUCCCACUGUGACUCUCCAAAGACAGGACUCGGGCCAGCGCAGCCUUAGAGGCAUUCUGAAAAAGAGCCGCUCCACCAGCCUGGAGGCCGAGCUUUUUGAAGCGACUCCAGACAGAAAUGGGACACCUGCCAUGGAGACUACCAGUAUGAACGAACAGGAGGAGAUGCUUGAGGAGACAGGAGAGCAGAUGGAGGACCAAGACGAAGACAUGGUGGAUGAAGGAAGAAGAAAGAGGAUUGAGAGAGAGGAGAGCAGCUCCAGUGACCUUCCACCUUCGCCAUCCUCAGAUGAUGUGGAGAAAACCCCGUCUCUGUGUGCAUCGGAGGAGUGUGAGGAGCUGGAGAGCAGCCUGGAUGGCAGCAUGAGCUCCUCACUUAAAGAGAGGUUUGUUGAUCUCACAGCCACUGAAGAGGACUGGAGGAAUAAGCUGAAAAAGUCCAAGGCUGGCGACACGGUCCAAACAUCUCUGGCUGAUCGUUUCAGCCAGCUGCAGGACUCUGAGAAUGCCUGGAAGAAGAAGAAGUCCUCUGCCGAUGUGGAGACAAAGAUGUCCUUGUCUGAACGGAUGAAGGUAUUACAGGAGAAGGAAGAGCAGUGGAAGGCCAAAGGAAAGGGAGCUGCCAAUGACUCCACACAGUUCUCCGUGGCUGGACGCAUGGCCAAGAGAGGACUCGUCUCCUCCAACAAAGAAGACUCGCCUGUUAUCCUCAGCAAGAAAUCAAGCCACAGUACACCAGUCAAGCCUUUAGAAGAGAUUUCCACUCGACCUGAUGCAGAGGGCGACAAAAGGCUGGACAAGCUGGAGUCCUUUUUAGACAGACUUCAAAAUAAAGGAUCGACGAGCAGUAAGUCCUCCACCAUCGAGGUGACUGAGGAGAAGGAGAAGGAGGUGAUGUCCCUGGAUGACGAGGAGACGUUUGGGCGCUUUUAUAAGUGUGUUUCUCCUACAGCCCUGAGCUCCAGCCUGCUGCUGGAUGAGGAGGAGGACUUCAGUGCCAUCCAGUCUGACACCCCAAAGUUGACCUCAUCAGUAGCGGAUCAUAGACGGGCUGUGAGGCCAUCCCGCAACACUAAGGGUUCCAGAAAUCCUCUGCGUGCUCUGGCAACGCGAGACGAUCUCCGGCAGGCUUACACAGAGCAGAGGCUCAACAUAGCCACUGUGGAGGCCAAGAGGAUGCAAGUGGAGCGAAUGGCCAAGCACUCCAGACUGGCGGAUUGUGCCUUGGCUGGCUUGGCCAGUAAAGAGAACUUCAGGAAAGUGAGCCUGCGUAGCAUUAAAUCCACUGAAGUGGUGACCAACAACAGUGCUGUGCCCUUCCACAAGCUCAUGCUCAUCCAAAUCAAAGGACGUAGGCAUGUUCAAGUGCGACUGGUGGAGCCGACAGCCUCCUCUCUGAACAGUGGAGACUGCUUUCUGCUGAUCACCCCUAAACACUGCUUCCUCUGGUGUGGAGAAUUUGCCAACGUUAUUGAGAAAGCCAAGGGCUCCGAGAUGGCACAGUAUGUUCAGGCCAAGAGAGAUCUUGGCUGUAAGGCCCCACAGGUCACCGUGCUGGAGGAGGGCAUCAACACAGACAACCGCUUCGCCAAGGAGUUCUGGAAUCUUCUCGGGGGACAAACUGAAUACAGAGCUGCUGGGGAACCAGAAGAAGACGAGCUGUAUGAAAGUGCCAUAGUGGAGUCUAAUGGUGUUUACAGGCUGGUGGAGGAUAAGCUUGUGCCUUAUGAGGAGGUGUGGGCCUCCAUUCCCAGUGUGACCAUGCUCAACUCCAAAGAGGCGCUGGUGUUGGAUUUUGGCAGCGAGGUGUACGUGUGGACGGGGAAGGAUGUGGCGCUGAGUGACAGGAAGGUGGUCAUGCAGCUGGGCAAACUGCUCUGGAGUGGAGCCUACGAUUACACCACCUGCAGGGUCAACCCCCUCGACCCCUUCUCAUCCAAUAAGGACAUCCCUAUGCAGGGUGAGGGCAGACCAGGCUGGGCUCUGUUUGGCAGGCUGUCGGAACACAAUGAAACAGCUCUGUUUAGAGAGAAGUUCCUGGACUGGGCUGAACGCAAGCCACUGAAGGAAGAGCAAGUAAACGAGGAGAUGAAGAGUCCAGUGCAUCAGCCCUGCUCCCCUACCCAUGACUCUGAGCUGAAGCCAUGUGAUGUGAGAGCCCUGCUGGAUGGAGGAGAAACCCCCCUGAAGAUGAACUUGGGGGGCGUGGAUGUGCAGAGAGGUUACGGAUUGGUUCGUUCUGAAGAUGGACGGCAGGCUGAGUUAGCCACGGUGGCGGUGGAUGCCUGGCACAUCCGAGAGUUUGACGACUUUGAGAUUCCGAGAGAGAGUGUGGGUCAGCUGCACGAGGGCGACACCUACGUCAUCCGCUGGAAGUACUCAAUCACUAGUGUCGUGGGUAAAAGACAAAAGCCGGGUGAGGUGAGUGCAUCAGGGCCGGGCAGAGAGCGCAUUGCAUGCUUCUUCUGGCAAGGUCGUCACUCCAGCGUGAGUGGGCGGGGCACGUCCGCUCUGAUGACAGUGGAGCUGGGGAACCAUGAAGGAGCUCAGGUUCUGGUCACUCAAGGUAAAGAACCACCCUGCUUCCUGCAGCUCUUCCAGGGAGGACUUGUGAUUCACAGUGGCUGCAGAGAGGAUGCAGCUACCAACACAGGUGGCUGGCGGCUGUUCUGCGUGCGCGGAGAGGCAGCAGUAGAAGGCUCUCUGUUGGAAGUGGAGUGCUGCAGUGCCAGUCUGCGCUCUCGUGCCUGUCUGAUCCUGCUGGGUGUGUGUGAGAGACAGCUGUACCUGUGGCACGGCUGCAAGUCGCACCCUGCAGCGCGAGAGGUGGCCAAGAAGACUGUGGAGCGGCUCACUCAGACCUGUCCCCCUGAGCUGGGUCUGAACAACAACAGCAGUCUAAAGGUACAGGAGAUUGAGGAAGGCUCAGAGCCCCAGGCAUUUUGGGAUGCACUUGGCCAGCAAGACAGGAAAACUUAUGACUGCAUGCUACAAGAUCCAGGCAAAUACAACUUCACACCUCGUCUUUAUCGCCUGAGUGCCAGUGCUGGAACCUUCAAGGGUGAAGAACAGCUUAGUCCUUGCAGAGUGGCAAAUGCAGUCAUGGCCAUGCCUUUCCUACAGGAGAAUCUGUACGCUGCUCCUCAACCAGCGCUGUUUCUGCUGGAUAACAGGAUGGAGGUGUAUCUGUGGCAGGGCCAGCAGCCGGAAGAUGCAGAGUGCACAGGCUCAGCUAAGAUCCGCUGGGACAACGAGAGGAAGUGUGCCAUGGAGACGGCACUGCAAUACUGCAAAGCAAAGAACUCCAGACGGCCUCCUCAGGCGUAUCUGAUCUUGGCGGGAGCUGAGCCCCUCACCUUUACCAAUAUUUUUCCCUACUGGGAAAAAGACCCCAGCAUCAGAGUGCAGGGCAUGAGGAAUAAGGUGAUCUUAGUAGAAGAUGCUCUUUCCAAGCUCAGUAAGAACCAGUACUCCAUAGAGGAGCUGACCAGCAAGCCGCUGCCCGAGGGGGUGGACCCUCUGCACCUAGAGCUCUACUUAUCUGACAAGGACUUCCAGGACCUUCUGCAGAUGACACGUGAGGAGUUUUGCACCCUUCCCAACUGGAAACAGCUAAACCUGAAGAAGAGCAAAGGCCUGUUUUAAACAAAGACACAAUCUUUCACAUCUCUGCAGCAAACUGAAAGAAAACAAGGAUGGAUGGAUUUCUGCCGUGUGUUUAUAUGGAAUCUCGGCUCGUGUAUAGCAUCAAGUGUACAGUUUAAAACUUUUUAAAAGACAGAUCUACCUAUUUUCCCUUAACAACGACAAUGACCUAGAGGACUCUUCUGAAUGCCAAUUAUUGUAGCUCUUCAGCUCUUUUUACGCUCUUUUAAAAGGACAUCCUUUGUAUCCUAAAUAUGCAACAGUACAUGAGUUUGGGACAUCAUGUGACUUGUCAACUAGGAUUGACUAAUUAUGAACAGUAAGCUUGAAUUCUGAAUGUGUAAUAUGUUUGCAGGUCUUUUAACCAUUUUAUCAAACUGUGAUGUUUUAAAGGCAACUUUCUAGAACACUAACUUUAUACACUUUAUAUAAAUAAAGGUGCUACAAAUGGUUCUUUGAGCAAUGGAAAAGAAAAGGAUGGCUCAUGAUCCAUGCAUAAAACAUAAUCUGUCAAACAUGGUGGAGGCUGUGCUAUGGCAUGGGCAUGUAUUGUCACUUUAAAAGUAGUAGUAUGAAUUCUGUACAGAGCUACACUAUCUGCUCAGAUGCAACCAAAUUCUGUAAUGAUGCCUCACUGUACAGACGGACAAUGGCCUCAAACACAUUGUAAAACAUUUGUUUAAAAGUUAUUCCUGAAAAUGGUUAAAGAACCUUUUCUAGCACCUUUAUUUUUAAGACUGUGGUGUAAAUCAUGAAUGCUCUUCUGUCAGUCAUGGUCCAUACAUGCUACUGCACAAUGAAUUGCUUUUAAAGCCAUGUGUGUGUAUGUACAUGUGUGCAGAACAGCACAUAGCAGUGCAAACUACAGCCCCAACAAGGGAAUCCUCCUGCCGUUUUCAAUUUUAUUUCUAUCUGACAUAUCUGUAGCAUUUGUAAGAAACACAUACAGUACAUUUAAUGUACUCAAAUACAGCUGCCUCCAUCUGAUAAGUACCUAAGUGCUGGGUAUAGUUGAUACUAUUGAUUGUCGUAUUAUAUCGACAUGAAUUCUCCAAUUCAUGAAAUGCGCCGUUAAUGAACAUCAGUCAGUGAUAAAUGCUGUAAAUAAUGUAAUGGAAAUGCUUUAGAAAAUAAUAUCACUGUUACUGUUAGUUAAACACUUUCUAUACAAGGCAAUUAUACAUAUAUCACUAGAUAUACAGUGAUAUUGAAUUAUAGUCCAACCCUGGUCUGAACAAUAUAUUGUGCUAAUAUAAACCCCAAAUCUGCAAAAUGGCAACCAACUUUUUUUACAGCAUUUUUAUGCUUCUUAAGGAAAUUUAAACAGGUAAACAACAUGAAAGAUACACAUUGCCAAAAAGAAAAAAAUACAAUGGAGAGAAUUUUUUUUUCUAAAUGUUUUUAUAAUAAAUUAAAAUUAACAUGACCGAUUUACCGUGUGCUAAGUAUCUUAAACUCUAAGUAAAAAUGGUUCUCUACAGUAAUUAAAAAAAUAGCUAUUUAAUUAACAUUUAAUACAAAUUGUUUCCACCAUUUUUACAACACAAAAUAUCAUUGGUGCAUCUAAAUGUUUUUUUUUUUAUUGUUAUGGUUCCGUUUAACACCACUGUUGUUAAGUUAAAGAUGUGAUUGUUGUGCUUUAGUGCAAUUCUGCUAAAAUAACAAUACAAAAACAAAAAAAAUAAUACUAUUCAAAUAAUAAUGGUAAAUAUUCCCAAUUUGUUACAAUUACCAGUAUGCUAGAGGUAGAAAUCAAACUGAAAACCAGUGGAGUAUUCCUACAGUAUAUUUUACAGUGUUAUAUGAGUCCCUAUACUGUGGCUUUCCAGUAUGUACUGCCUAUAUCAUUACACAUAUCAGUAACUAUCAUCUGUAUUUUUUUUUUUUUUUUCUCAACUGAAUACAUGCAGUUUAUGAAACUGUGAAAAGCAUCAUGUGUGUUGUUUUUUUUUGUAGUGCUAAAACUCUGCUGUGCAGAUCUGGACUGUUCUUUCUAACAUUGAGCACUAGGUGUCAGGCUUACUCAUGUUUUGUGGUUUUGAAUGGUCCAGCGAUCAGCGCAUCAUUUAAACACCAAUUCACAGAGCAGAAUUACCCGUAGCCAUAUGUUACAGUACCCCACAUGCUUGCUUUGUUCUUGCUUUUUAUGUAGAGUGAAGCAAUCUGGAUCCUUGAUGUUGAUGUAUCUUAUUUUGUGGAAUGAUUUACUGUCAGAAAAUUUCUGAUCAUUUUUAACAGAUGCUGCAACUGUAGAACGCAGUCAUCUGUAAUUUUAACACUAUGUCCAUGCACUAUACAGAUAUAUCCUACAAUACAAAAA